AGCGUCGUGGUGGACUUGAGGAGCCGCAGCUUCCCGUCCGCUCCGGUCGCUCAGUGUAGUUGCUCCCGUGUUCCUUUGGGUGGUGGCCGUCUGUUUUCACAAGUUUGGAAUUCCUCCAAGCUUUAGUCGAGGAGUUUGUGUCGGGAACCCAUCAUUUUAAAAACACUAGUUUAGUGUCGCGUAAGGCGCGUUUCGUGUUUGGAGGGAAAUAAAUUAUUUCUCUGUAAGAAAAAAAGUGAGUUUACUUUAGCUACCGUUAGCUUAGCGACUAGGGAGGGAGGCUACUUCAGCUGGCUGGCUCGCUAGCGAAAUAUCUGUCCAAUGCAGGCCAUCAAGUGUGUGGUCGUGGGCGACGGGGCUGUUGGUAAAACAUGCCUACUCAUCAGCUACACUACCAAUGCCUUCCCUGGGGAGUACAUCCCCACAGUCUUCGACAACUAUUCUGCAAAUGUGAUGGUAGAUGGGAAACCGGUGAAUCUGGGACUGUGGGACACAGCUGGGCAAGAGGACUAUGAUCGACUCAGGCCACUGUCCUACCCACAAACGGAUGUGUUCCUGAUCUGUUUUUCUCUAGUGAGUCCAGCCUCCUUUGAAAAUGUCAGAGCCAAGUGGUACCCAGAGGUUCGACACCACUGCCCCAACACGCCCAUCAUCCUGGUGGGCACCAAGCUCGACCUGAGGGAUGACAAGGACACCAUUGAGAAGCUGAAGGAGAAGAAGCUGAACCCCAUCACCUACCCUCAGGGCCUUGCCAUGGCCAAGGAGAUAGGCGCGGUGAAGUACCUGGAGUGCUCAGCGCUGACCCAGCGCGGCCUUAAGACGGUUUUCGACGAGGCCAUCCGGGCAGUCCUUUGCCCGCCCCCCGUGAAGAAGAGGAGGAGGAGGAAGUGCAUGCUGAUGUAAACACAGCAACAGGAAAGGGCUCCUUUUGUGAAACAUUUGGCUGCAGUCUGAGCUUAACUAUUUCAAAGGGGCAAGAGCGCAAAAAUGGGGUGUUUGUGUUAACUGACGAAUUACUUGAUUGCUGCCUGGCGUUAACACUUAAAAGAACAAGCCCCAUCAGAUGUAUUCAUUGUUAUUCCCCUAACACUAAGAAACCCUCACUUUUUUUUAUUAACUUUUUCAUUUAAUUUGAAAAAAUAAUAAUAUGACACUAAUUCCUUCUUUUUCUCACAUCAGUAGUUGGCUGUUUUUCUUUUUUUGCUUCCACUGGAGAACCCAUUUUUGUUUACAUUUAAUCUGCUACAUAUGAGGCUUUGCCAAAGUGAACGGUUAUGUUUCAUCUCCUGUGUUUUACCUCAACAUCCGGGGGGGGGAGGGGGGAGAAGAAACGACUGAACUGUGUAUGUGAGGAAACGGCUAAUGAACUCUAAUUGACUGUAACACUAGAGAACAACGGUGGUAGCAGUUGGGAUCAGUACAGAUCACCCUCCGACAUCCCCUGUUGAUUAACAAAUCAAACCGUGCUUAUCGUCGCAGUGCACGGCUGUCAUCCACACGCUGCAACCAGGCCAACCAUUUCCCUUUUGUAUGCUAGAAAACCAAUAGGUGACGGCUCUCUCUCGCGUUGUAUGUAGAAGUAUACAAGUACCAGUGACUUGACUAUCCCUGUGCCGAUUGCUCCCGUCUCGGUAUUUUUUUGCACUGAAACAGUACCAACAGUGUUUCGGAUUGAAGAGAGAGAGAGAGGGCGCAAGUGUGUGCGCGCGCGUGUGGGCACAAUGAAGUCUUCUGUAGUGCUUAUUAACGAGUCAAGAGAGAGAGGUUGAAGGCUCCUCAUUGGCUGAACAUACUUUUGAGUCGUACACGACAUCCUGACGCUACCGUGUCAUAUAACGUUAACGCGUAACACUAUUCAGUAUAGCCUCCAUAUGUUUUGUAACUGGAUUUACCUUCUAGCCAUAGUACCGUCGCCAUCUCUGUAGAGGUGUUGUGUGGCAGAAGGCAUGUUGACCUUGGCCAUUCCAUCGCCGGGUAUAUAACCGUAUUGUAAGUUCACGUUCGAGAGUCUUUGUUCUGUUGCAUACUUCCAAUGAUAAUUUCAGGACUUUUUAAUAGAUCUGCUUUUUCUAUUCUUUUUAAAUGAGCAUUGUUCAAAGGGCACAGUUGCAUUAGAGGAGGCGAUUUAACUCAUUAAUUCUAGCAGUGUUCCAUCUGAAAAAUGAAAGCACACACUUUUAUCUUGCUAAAUGUGUGUUUAUUUUUGACAAUGUAGCAGAAUUUUUAAAAAAGCAAAUAAAUUCAUUUAAAAUUG